AAACGGCGGGAGCGCCGAAGAAGGAAAGACGGCGCGGUGAUUGCGUGCACUUCGUCGCAAUCUCAUCUGGAAAAACCCUACUCAACAAGUUUCGAAUUUUCCUCUACAAUACGAUUACUCUUUUUGAUUUCUGGCAUAUUCCCCUCUUUUUCGGUUGAUUUAUGUUCCUUUGCAUCUAUCAUCAGUGGUAACGUGCGGGCGAGAUGGCGAAGAGUUCGUUUAGGCUGGAACAUGACUUUGAGAAGAGAAGCUCGGAGGCUGCAAGAAUUAGGGAGAAGUUCCCGGAUAGGGUUCCGGUUAUUGUGGAGAAGGCUGACAGGAGUGACAUACCAAACAUUGACAAGAAAAAGUAUUUGGUUCCUUCUGAUUUGACUGUAGGGCAGUUUGUUUAUGUGAUUCGUAAGAGAAUCAAGCUGAGUGCAGAAAAGGCUAUCUUCAUAUUUGUGGAUAAUGUGCUUCCACCAACAGGAGCAGUCAUGUCCACAAUUUAUGAAGAGAAGAAAGAUGAGGAUGGAUUUCUUUAUGUCACCUAUAGUGGAGAAAACACCUUUGGUUUUCAGAUUGUGCGUUAGUUUGUCCUUCCCACUGAAAUGGAAGUACACUAGUUUGCUUUUGUUUCUGCACCCACAACAAGUGAUAAAUUGUACAGUCUGAUCUGUGCAUAAAGUCUCAUGUGAUUGUUGAGUAGUAUUUGGAUGAGCAUUUAACAUAUUUUAUUUUGGUCUAUUGUUUUAGAGCUA